AGUUGAUAGAUUCAAGGACGACAUCAUCAGGGAGAUGGCAGAUAGAGAAUACGGAACUAGGAAGUUCAAGCGAGGUUAUGAAUGGGAGUGGCCAGGUGCAACCGGAUACUCGAAUGCCAUCGAUUCCAGCUUGUGGGCGAGUCCUCUAGACGAACCCCCGCCUUUGUCAGUCGACACUAAAGCAGCCUUUGCUUUGAAGCAGUACAAAGAAUUUUUCAAGAUAGUAUCUCCUAUAGAUGUCAAUAUGUUCGAAUUUCUACUCAAGGACCACCCGAAUCAACCGUUUGUAAAGUCGGUGGUUAGAGGCCUUCGACACGGCUUUUGGCCCAUGAGCGAGCUGCCUUCGGACGAUAUCAGCUAUACAAAGAACCACCAAGUUAUUGAGAUAACAUUGCAAUAGCCAACAUCCCGAUUAGGAAGUAUAACCACCAUUCCGAAUUGGUCAUGGUAUCCAACAACUCCUAACUCCUUCUCUUCGUUAUAGUCAUAUGUUUUAUAUUUGUCCCAAAGCAGUGAAUGAGAGUCGCAAUCCUGAUGAGAUAUUAUUAACCUAUGUAUCGGAAAGUUAGCUAUAUAAAAGACCGUUGUUUGCGUGCAGUAAUUGUUUCCUGACUCAAACUCUUAUCUUGUGUCUUUUUUC